AUUUAAUAUAAUUAGUAAGUAAUGUUGAAUAUGUUAAAUAUAAAUUUAAUGCAGUCCCAUGACAGUGAAGGUGGACAAGUAAAAUUACAGGGAGAGGUUGUUAAAACACAAUUAGAUAAGUGUAAUGGAUCGUACCCAAAUGUAAAUUGUAGGGUAGAGACUCUGGGGAGAAUAGUAGGUGGUUUUGAUGAUCUGAAAAUCAAGUGGGUUAGGGAGAUGGGGUUUGAGGGGAUCCUUCAUUUGAAGAGAAAGGAUUGCCACGUUCAUUGUGCUAUUGGAUAAAGUCUGUGUUUGAUCCUUUUAACAAAGUAUUGAUGUUGCCGGGGGGUGUUGAGUACCCGUUGGGUAAGAGCCAAGUGUAUUGGAUUUUGGGAAUUCCGCAUGGACCUAGGAAGGUUCGUAUGGUAGCACGCAGUGAGGGGAUGAAGAUGGCAGUGAGCAAUAUUCGUGAGAGGUAUGCAAGUGAUGUUGGUGUACCAUUGGUUAAAGUUAUUGAUGUUGUCGAGUCCGUAUGUGUAGAUCAAGAACAUGAAUUCAAGACGGCUUUUUUGAUGCUUUUGUUAGGGGAUUUUCUUUGCCCGACAACUUAUCGAAGGCUAGAGAGUAAGUUGUUGGCUGCUUGUACUGUGGCGAUGGAUGCAGUGAAUUAUGAUUGGUGUUCCCUUGUAUUGGAUAAGUUAGCUGAGCACGGGCGGCACUUUGCAGAGAAGUUUUAUAAGGAUGGUUAUGCAAAGGGAUGUGGGGGAUGCACAUACUUCCUUGCGAUUCUGUACUUGGAUAGGCUGAACCGUCGUCCUUUGAAUUGGGGGAUGUUUCCUAGAGUGAAAGCAUGGUCAGUGCAAGAUGUGAACUUAGCUAAAGCUGAGGACAAAAUUGGAAGUGGUGACUAUGGAAGCCUGAAGUGCAUUGAUGUUGCUUAUGGUGAGAAUCAUCCGAUGAUGCCGAGGGACACAAUGGGUCCAGAGCACAUGGCUUAUGAGAUUGCUGGGCUUGUUCUGAGUGGUUUGGGUAUAGAACUACCAGCAGCACGCAUGGGAGUUGGUGGAGUUGGUGCACGCAUGGGAGGUGUAAUGGGAGGUGUUGGUGUUGGAUUAGGUGGUGUUAUGGGAGGUGACAUGUCAGAAGGUGAAGUUAUUCGGCCACGACGUAGGGGUGGAAGGGUUGAGCUGAGGCAUAGGACAAAUAGAAGAGAAGUGAGUGAAGGUAUGGAUCCUGUUGGUAGGAUUUUAAUUACAGAAGAGGAGGGUGUGAGGCAAGAAGACAUGGAGGGUUUUGUGUAGGGGAACA